AUGGAGGGGGACGUUGAUGGCGUCAUGGAACGACCGACCUUGGCUUCCGGCCUGCCUGCCGACGAGCUUCAGCGCGAGAAGGACAAGUGGGAUGCGUGGAAUAUCCAGAAGGGCCUGAGCCGCACGGAAGCAAAGAAAAGGUAUAUCGAGGCGUUGAUCGAGACGAUGCACAAAUAUGCAACGACACCAAACGCCAAGGAACUCGUCGCGGAACUCGAAUUCGUGUGGAACCAGAUCAAGAACAACAGUCCCAGCUCGACCGACUCGUCGCCGAAAGACAUGAGGUACAUCGGCGGGUUACGACAAUACCAGCACCCCUUGCUCGAAACCGAAGGUCCGCUGAAAGUUCUGAGCCCCAUGAGCGAAGACGACGCUGCCGAACAGGACCCGGUGGGGAGGAUAGGUUUCAACCAAGACGAGGAAGCAGACGCGCUUGUGAGAAGCAGUAGCUGGUCCCGGAGCGUGGAACGAGCCUUGGAGAAACUCUCGGCCGAAGUCGCGGCAUUACGAGAGCAAAUCACAACAGGAAGGGAGUGGAAGUCGAAAAGGUCACGAAGCUUUCCUGCCUGGAUACGAUGGCUGACUUGGUUGAUAAUGAAACACCUCGCCGUCGAUGUGGUCCUUUUGGGUUUCAUUCUCCUGUGGAUGCGCAAGCGCAAGGACCGGAGGUUGGAAGACUUGGUCCGGGCGGGGAUGAAGUUGAUGAGGGACAUCGACCUGAGCAGGGCCACAUCUGCCACCCGUCCCCAGUAG